UCAGUCUUUGCUCCGAUGGCGCCGCCGGUCGUUGACAGAGAGUACCUCAAAGAAAUCGAUAAGGCUCGCCGUGAUCUCCGUGCUCUCAUUUCCAGUCGAAACUGCGCUCCGAUCAUGCUCCGAUUAGCGUGGCACGAUGCUGGUACUUACGAUGCGAAGACGAAGACCGGCGGACCUAAUGGUUCGAUUAGGAAUGAGGAAGAGUAUACUCACGGCGCUAAUAGUGGAUUGAAGAAAGCUGUUGAUUUUUGCGAGGAAGUAAAGUCUAAGCAUCCAAGGAUUACAUAUGCAGACCUAUACCAGCUUGCUGGUGUUGUUGCUGUUGAGGUCACUGGAGGCCCCACUGUUGAUUUUACUCCUGGCAGGAAGGAUUCAAAAAUUUCUCCGAGGGAAGGACGACUUCCAGAUGCUAAAAGAGGGGCACCACAUCUGAGGGACAUCUUCUAUCGAAUGGGGUUAUCUGACAAGGAUAUUGUUGCACUCUCUGGGGCUCAUACACUGGGAAGGGCACAUCCGGAGAGAUCUGGUUUUGAUGGUCCUUGGACUCAGGAACCCCUGAAGUUUGAUAACUCAUACUUCAUAGAAUUGCUGAAAGGCGAAUCACAGGGAUUGCUGAAACUCCCAUCAGAUACAGCUCUGUUAGAUGAUGCUGAGUUCCGUAAAUUUGUUGAGCUAUAUGCAAAGGAUGAGGAGGCAUUCUUCAGAGAUUAUGCUGAAUCACAUAAGAAACUCUCUGAGCUUGGGUUUACUUCAAGUUCCUCUAAGAUCAUUGCAAAGGAUAGCACCGUACUGGCACAAGGCGCAGUUGGAGUUGCAGUUUGUGCUGCUGUUGUGAUCCUGGGCUACUUGUAUGAAGCUCGCAAAAGAAUGUAGACUUGCUCAGCUGAAUACUUUCGAUCCCUUAUGAAUUUAG